GUAUAAAAUGGACCCAACGGUGACGAACUAGAGCAGGGCAGUAGGUAGCAAGUUUGGACGCCAAACGUUGUAAAUUGGGAAUUGCGAGUCUCGUUACUGUUUGAGGUCAUGUUCCUGUUUCUGUGCCUAGUCUUCGGCGUUUUGUCACACACCUGUCACUCAACCGUCGAUGGUUUUGAAGGCGACUAUGUUCGUAAGCCUCAAACACUUGGUCUAAGAGGCCGAAAUGAGCCUGCGACUAUGACCAAAGAUUCCGUUAUUGAAUCUUUGGUCUCAAAUAUGACGAUAGAGGAUUUGGUGCUACAGCUUCAUCUUAUGUUUGGCGAUGACAUCGUAGGUCCAAACUCACAAAAUGAGCUUUAUGACUUCACGAUGCGCCUUAGUCCUGACUCUCCUAUCGGCGUGAUGCACGAUUGGUAUCCGCUCAAUGCAUCUCAUUACAAUUCAGUCCAGGAGUUGAAUCUAAAAAAAGCCAGGCUCAAGAUUCCCUUCAUGCAUAUAGGAGAGUGUCUACAUGGGGUGGGAUCCUUCAAGCAGACGAUGUUUCCGCAGAGCUUAGGUCUAUCAGCGAGCUUCGAUACCGAUCUAGUAUACCGCAUUGGCCGCGCAAUAGGGACAGAAGCUAGGUCAAUUGGGAUUCAUGCGUGUUUAUCGCCGGUUCUAGACAUUGGUCAAGAUCCACGCUGGGGUCGCAUGCAAGAGGCAUGGGGAGAGGACAAGACUCUUACGUCUCAUAUGGGUGUAGCCUAUUCAAGUGGUCUGUCCAAGAACGGCUCUUGGUCCGAACCGGACGCUGUUGCGCCGGUCUUGAAGCACUUUGCUGCUCACGGCUCGCCGCAAGAGGGACAUAACGCUGCGCCUUUCAUGGGUCAUGGAAAUCGACAGGUGCUUCAAGAUCUCCUUACCCCCUUUAAAGCUGCGAUCCAGUUGGGGGGUGCGAGAGGCGUGAUGAUGGCCUAUAAUGAGUUUGACGAUGUUCCAGCUCACGUGCAUCCUCUUUUCUAUCAAGCACUCCAGGAUUGGGGUUUCGACGGAUUUGUGAUUGCUGAUGAUACUGGCAUGUCGGAAUUGUUCUCUGUGCAUCGAGUGGCCGACUCUCCCGCUGAUGGGAUUCGCCAAUGGUUUGAAGCAGGUGGUAUGGUCCAGUUUUACGACUACCCAUUGGACACAUACCUCAAUGCAACUAAAGACUUAGUGGCGAACAAUUCCCUUGAUAUUUCGACAUUGCGUUCUCACGUUACGAAGAUUCUCAAUGUUAAAUGGGAUCUUGGCCUCUUUGACGACCCCUACGUUCCAACUGAUAUUAAUCCGCACCAAAUAGUGGAAACCCAUCUUGAUCUUGCCCUGGAAGCUGCGCAAAAGAGCAUAGUUCUUUUAGAAAACAAGAACCAGACGCUUCCUUUGAACCCAGAGCAACAAGGCCUCGCGCGAAUUGCCCUCAUCGGCCCGUUUGGGGAUACCCUAAAUUAUGGCGAUUACUCGGGCGCGUGGGGUCAAUACCCUGCGAAGGCUGCGAAAACCAUCCGACAAGGCCUUCUUUCAUAUGCUAAGACUGAGGGUUUCGAGUUAAUAUCCGCAUGGGGCACCAAUAGCUGGGAAUACAAUGCCCAAUACGUGAUUCCGCCGUAUCUACUAUCAACGCCAAAUGAUAUGGCAGGCGGUCUGCUAGCGACAUACUUCGCCAACACAGACUUCACGAAACCCAUGACAAACAGGGUAGAAGCGCCGGCGCUGGACUGGGGCUUGUAUCCGCCAGAUGGUUUACCAUCUAAUAACUUCAGCGCUACUUGGGAGGGUUAUUUACGAUCUCCGGUUGAUAUCGACAUAGACGGUUGGAUAGGGGUAGCAAUUGGAUCGAAUACCACAGCCAGACUCUUCGUAGACGAGGAGCUAAUCAUAUCGCAAGGCGUUGAUGAGCUCUCAACAUCGAGUACCAUCAUGGGCAACAUAAUGAAUUACGACUACAUCUCCAACAACGGCACAUUGCCCCCGCCUGGGUCGGUCCCAUUCACAUUUGAAAAAGAAAAGGUUUAUCAUCUUCGAAUAGAGUACCAAGCCUUCAAUCUCUAUAAGAAGACCGCAAACGUAAACUCCCUCAACUCCCAGAUCCUGUUGUUCUGGAAUCUCGUCAGCAGGAACGGCGACGCUGUGGAGCAAGCCGUGCAAAUAGCGCAAUCUUCCGAUCUCGCGAUUCUUGCCCUGGGAGCUGCAUGGAACAGCGACGGCGAGAGCGGCGACCGAGGCACCCUAGGUCUAUCUCCCAGCCAAGAGGUUCUAGCCCGAGAGAUCUACAAACUCGGAAAGCCGGUGGUGCUAAUAUUAGAAGGAGGCCGGCCUUUCGCUAUCGACGAGCACUACAAUCAAAGUGCCGCCGUUCUAAGCGCUUUCUUCCCCGGCCAGGCCGGUGGCCAAGCCGUAGCAGAUGUCCUUUUCGGAACGAUUAACCCUGGUGGACGCAUGCCCGUCUCGGUGCCGAGACAUGUUGGCCAGCUUCCUAUCUACUACAACUAUAAGGAAACCACCCGGAGGGUGAAAUAUCUGGACAUCGACUCGACACCUGCUUAUUCGUUCGGCUAUGGUCUCUCCUACACUGAGUUCGAAGUCCUUGGGUUUGAAGCGCGAUCAUCGUCUGCGCGCAAUUCCGAGUUCAAGGCAGGUGAUACGGUCAUAUUUACAGCGCGGGUCAAGAAUCUUGGUUCUAUAGAAGGGAGCUACGUAGCGCAGGUGUAUGCCCUAUCUCGAAUUUCAUCAAUUGUGCAGCCGAUGAGACAGCUCGUCGCCUUCAAGAGGGAGUAUAUAAAGCCUGGUCAAGAGGUGACGAUAAAGAUGGAAUUGGACGUCGACCGAUAUCUUACCAUACUUAAUCGUCGGUAUGAGUGGGAGCUUGAGAGGGGCACAUAUACAUUUGCGCUCCUCGCCCAUGGAGGCGCUACUGAUAGUAGCAUGAAUGUUACUUUGCAGUGUACAUAGCAAUUUACUUUAGCAUUACAUUAUAACCCUGGUUUCUGUAGGCCUGUGCCAGCUUCGAAAAGGAUAGGGCUAUUGCAUAGUCAGCGAAACCUAGCUUUUCCAAGGCUGCUUGUCGGUAUGCUGCUAAAUGAGAUAAUUCAGAUAUCGGAUCUCGCUU